AUGCCAAAUUCAGAAAAAAACGAAACCAUCAAUCUCGUCGAACUUGCACAAGCUGAGCAAAUACAAGUUCGUAACAGUUUGUGUAGUCUCCUUGACCCUGAUUAUUGUAAGAAUGGAGGAAUUUGUUAUGCUACUGAACAAGGAUUUGGUUGUCAUUGCCCGUCUGAGUAUACUGGAGAGCGAUGCGAACACCGUUCACCAUGUUACCAAUACUGUUUACACGGGGGUUUAUGUUAUUUUACUAAUAAUGGUCAACCAAAAUGCUUUUGUCAACCACAUCUUGAGGGUGACCGUUGCGAAAGAAAUAAGACAACCUGUAGCAUGAUGUCUGCUGACUAUUGUAAGCCUGGAGCCUGUGUUACAAUACCCGAUUCACCAUCUUACUGUCAAUGUCCUCCAGCAUUUAUUGGUGAGAGAUGUGAAACAUCACUGAUUUCAACAACAACAAAAACACCUUCGGGUUCUUGCACUCCAACAACAUGCAAGAAUGGUGGUGUGUGCCGUAACAUUGGUAAUUCGUAUCUCUGUUAUUGUCAGAAACCAUAUUCUGGCACUAACUGUCAGUCUUAUGCAGGUUAA